AUGAGGACUAUCCUAGCCACCCUAGUCGGUUUCACAGCCUGCGCAGCCGUUGCUGCAGACGGAGCACCUGAGUAUCCUUCUCAGCUUGCAGUUGAAAUCGAUCCAGAAGCGAUUAUUGCGAUCCAGCAAGAUGCAAACGCCGACCCACGUCUCUUUUUCCCACUGAGCGGGCUUGUCUCCGCCAAACUUGCCAAAGUCUUUCAACCCAACAUAUACCCAACCCCUCCUAGUCCCCAGACAACUUACCACUUUCACCUCCAUCCUCAUCCCCAUUAUCCGCAUCCUCAGCCAAAUUAUCCUCAUCCUCACCCCCAUCAUCCUCAUCCUCAUCCUUAUCAUCCUCAUCCUCAUCCCCAUCAUCCUCAUCCUCAUCCCCAUCAACAUCCUCAUCGUCAUCCCGACCAUCAUCCCCACCAUCAUCCUCACCAUCAUCAUCAUGAACAUAAUGUUCAUGUGCCUCAACAUCAGCACGCUCAACACAACGGCCACCAGAACAACGGUGGCCCAGCUCAUUAUCACCAUGACUACCAUUUUGCGCAUCCUCAUCAAGAGAACCAGCAUCACCGCGAGGAAGAGCAGCCUACCGACAUCAACUAA